AUUAGACGUCACAUUCAACAACAACAAUAGGAAAGAAGUUGUAAACAAAUUCUCUCCGCCGGGCAUCCCUACGUAUAAUUACCGAUUUCUUCACCUGACGUCCUGAAAAUGCGCUCCCUUAUACUUAUAUCACUGUGUUUUAGUGUUGUUGUGAGUCUGCGUGAGAACAAGUACUCAGAAGAUGCCAAUACGAAGGUACAUUUCGAAAGAAGUCCCUUCCGGAUGGCCAAGCUGAAUCUGCUCUGGGAGAAGGCGCUGAAGAGACUGUCCGAACCCAAGCUGAAAUCUCUUUUGUCUGAGUUAAAAGUACAGGAUAAAGAAGAAAUGACUUUGAAGAAACUGAAGUUAGAUGCAGGUGAUAAAGAUGGUUUAAAAGAAGCAGAACUGAGAAAGAAAUUGAGAGGUAUAAUGGUAAGGUACAAGUUAAGUGAAGACCUGAUGGGAGGGUUGCCCAGUAAUGAGCCAUACCAAAAUGAGGUAUAUGAUGAGCAGAUAAGUAAAGCUAUCUUCAAGGACAAGAAACUAAACAAGUUGUGGGACAAAGCAGAACAAUCGGGAUUCACAGAAACGGAAUUGAAAGCUCUUAAAGAGGAAUUCUUGCACCACCAAGAGAAGGUUGAUGAAUAUUAUUCACUAGUCACCAAAACUAAAGUUAAAGAACAAAAUGAUUUGGAUAAUGAUGUUAGAAAAAUAGACCUCUUUCAGGAGUUGGAGGCUUCAGAUAAAUAUUCAGAAGACCCAACCAAUACUAUUCGGGAAAAACACAGAGAAAUAAAAGAUAGCUAUCAUCGUUUACACAAAAUAACAUCCACUGGACCAGAAAGUAAAGAAUUUAUUGAACCGAAAGUCUCAGGAUUAUGGAAGCUUGCAAUUCGAGGGGACUUCACUGCAGAGGAACUUGAGUCUCUUCAUACUGAGUUGAAACACUAUGAACACCGUUUGUUGAAAGUUCGCCAUAUGACUGGUCAGCUCAAUGUACUCCAAGCACGUGCAGGGGAUGACAUUGAAAAACUGCAGAGCUCUGAGGGCAAGCGACUCAUGGAAGAGCGUGUUGCCAAACAGCAGCGAAAAGUAGAUAAGUUGCAUGAAGACCUAGAAAUGAGGAUUCUACAACGGCAUUUGGAGUUAUAAUGUCAAUGCGCUGUACAGUGUCAGGUCACAUAGAAUGUUGUAAUUCUUGUUUAAGAGUCUUAAGUAAUCUCAAAUGUAAAUGAGGGCAUCAUAGGCAUUUUUUUAUUGCAGAUUUUAUUUGGGAUCAGUCUGGUUUCAUUUCAGAAGUUAAGGAAGAGUAAUUUUACUACCAUGUUAAAUAAUGUUACACGGGGAAGUUACCAGUCAGGAAAGGAAUAUUUUCAGAGUUAGUUUUCCUUACUAUGUCUGCUCUAAACCUUUAGAGCUUAGGUUUUUACCAUAUGGUAUUGCACAAUUUUCAGAUGAAGAAUGGCAUCAAUGGCAGCUGAAUAAUUUUUACUGUAUUCCAAGUACAAGUAGCACAGUAUAGUACUAGAUGAUGUUAUGAAUGACUUAGUUAUAUAAAUGAUAUUUGAAGAGGCUGUGCCAAAUUGUUAGCAACUCAUGGGUAGAAUAUCAAGUUCUAGAUAUUUUUUAAAAGAAGAAAAUACAAAAUUUAUGAUACACUGUGAAAGUUAAUAUGAUGGAGUAUUACGUAAUUAUUAGUUUGCCUGUGUGGUUUAGAUCAUAAUUGAGUGCAAUAUAUUAUUGUGCAGUCAGUGUGCAACAUGACUAAUAGGCACCAUAAUAGAUAUUUUGUUAUUGUAGAUAGCAUUUUGAAGCAACAUUUUGUUUCAGUUUGCUACACCUGAAUGCUCAGACCUUUUAGAUCUGCAGUGUUUAGAGAUUGAUUUUUACAAUUUAUAACUUCAAAGAAUGCAGGAUUGUUUAAUUGCCCGUAACAGCUUCAUUAACACUUCAAGUGAAUGUUGCACCUAUGAAAAUGUUUGUGUUAAGAUGGAGAGCAGGAAGUAAUUUCUAUUUUCUUAUUAAUAGCUACUUUUUUUUGUCAAAGAUAUAUGUAUAUUUUAAAAUGUAUCUUUAUCUUGUAAUGGGCAUUUAGUUAAGAAUCACUUCUUCCAUAUUCUACAUUAACAGCUUUGGGUAGAGAAAGAAGAGCUACAUAACCUUAAGUCAGUACCAUACUGUUGAGAAAAGUUUGAUUUUUGUAUGACUUGAUUCAGUUAAUGAUGCUUACGUUCAUAGUCUCUUAAAUUACCCUUAAGGAUUAAUGUGAUUUGGACUGUAUGUACAGAAAGUAAGUUAAUGUAGAACAUUUGUCGUUGGUGAUUCUGUCUGUGGUAAUGCAUCAGUGAAAUCUAUAAAGUAGUUUCUUAGUUUAUUUGAGUUUAAACUUUAAGGACCAAGGCUUACGUAGCUUCAGUGAAUGUCUUAGGUACAAUUGUGCAGAUUCCAGUUAAAUUUCAUAUUCAGUGUUCCAUGAUUUAACCAAAAUUAGUUGUUAUGGAAAGAAAAUUUUAUAGAUUUCUCCUUUUAUCAUAUUUAUUUUAGCUUAAUUAUUAAAAAAUAUAGCUUUUUAUUAUCAUGUAUAUUAUUAAACUUGUGACUAUAUUUUCAAAAAACCUUUUUUUGGGGGAGAUGGGUGACCCGUAGAAAUAAAUGCAUGUCCAUAGCUUCCUUAUGAAGGCUUGAAGAUACUGUAUAAUGAUGAUUUUGCUCAGUGUAAGAGCUGAGUUUGGUUAGUCAUAGUAUAUGACAGUAUCUCAGAAUCUAAUUUUAGAAAGUUGAAAAAAUGAAUACAUUUUAGUACAAUGUAUAGAUACUUUGGAAUUUAGGAGCUGUAUUUUUUCAUACUUUUAUAAAGUUUGGCUUUAUUAUUUAGUCUGUAAAUUAAUAGUUGUUAUACUGUUUGUUAAAUUGUUUUCCAUAAUGUGUUUCUUGUGUGUCUCACUUGUCUAGUUCUAACACCACAGUUUUUCUGUACUCUAUCUAAACUGCUGUUUUCAAUAAAAAUGGAAUGUAUUCCAUGCAUUCAGUUGCUACAAA